UUCCAAUCCUCUCUGGUCCGAUUAACGGUAAGUUUGUGAAACUGUAUAUACAUAUGAUAUCGGUUUAUAUAUGAUCUCCUUCUUCAUAUUUACACAGCAAACCUCAACUAGCUAGCAAAUAUGAGAACAACUUCAUUAAGAUCUUUCUUACUAUUGUUAUCUUUCUUUGUCAUACUCUCGAAUUCCCUUGGAAGCUCAAGCUCAACGCAUGUGCAUUUCCUUAAAUGCAUUUCUCUUCAUUCUAAUACAUCAAUCCCGAUCUACACUACAAAGAACGCUAACUAUUCAUCCAUCCUGCAAUCCAAAAUUGGAAUGCUAAGAUUCAAUUCAUCCACCACUCCAAAACCCUUUCUUAUAUUAACACCUCUAGAAGAAUCACAUGUUCAGACCGCUGUUAUUUGUUCAAAAAAACACGGGAUUCAAAUGAAAGUUCGAAGUGGAGGCCAUGACUUUGAAGGACUUUCAUAUACAUCAGAUGUUCCAUUCAUUAUUGUUGAUUUGUUCAAUCUUCGUGAAGUAAAUGUGGAUGUAAAGGGUAAAGUAGCAUGGGUUCAAUCUGGUGCAACUACAGGUGAACUCUAUUACAGAAUUGCCCAAAAAAGCAACAUUCUCGCAUUUCCUGCAGCGGUUUGCACAACCGUAGGUAUUGGUGGGUACAUUAGCGGAGGUGGGUACGGGGCUAUGUUAAGGAAAUUUGGGACUGCAGGUGAUAAUGUCAUUGAUGCUCGAAUAGUGGAUGUGCAUGGUACGAUACUGAACAGAAAGUCCAUGGGAGAAGGCUUGUUCUGGGCCAUUAGGGGGGGUGGCGGAGGAAGCUUUGGAGUUGUCCUUUCAUGGAAGCUCAAAUUAGUAUCCAUUCCACCCUCUGUAACUGUUUUUAGUGUGGAAAAAACCUUAGCAGAAGGUGCAUCGUCUCUUGUUCAUAAGUGGCAAGAUAUUGCACAUAGAUUUCCUCAAGAGCUUAUCGUAUUUCUCUCAAUAGGUGUGGUGAAUGUUACUACAAAAGAUGAAAAAACAAUCAGAGCAACAUUUAGAUCCAUGUUUCUUGGGGAUGCUAAGAAACAUAAACUUCUGAUGAAAGAGACAUUUCCUGAGUUGGGUGUCGAAAAUAAAGAUUUUAUUGAAAUGAGUUGGAUUCAAUCUGUACUCUUUUUAGACGGUCUUCCUACAAACAGUUCAAUUGAUAUUCUAGGGAGUAGUCCACAACUUAAGUUAUACAUGAAGGGAAAAUCUGAUUAUGUGAGACAACCCAUUUCGCAAUCUGGUUUAGAGUUGAUAUGGGAAAGAUUGCUAAAUGAUGAGCAAACUGCUAUGGUUUUUAUGCCUUAUGGAGGAAGAAUGAGCGAGAUUUCUGAAUCUGAAACUCCGUUCCCACAUAGAAAUGGAACCUUAUUUCAUAUUUUUUAUAUGGCUUUGUGGAACCAAAAACAGGUUCCUACGUCUGAAGAGUAUAUUAAUCAACUAAGAAGAAUGUAUAAAUUCAUGACACCUUACGUUUCCAAGUCUCCAAGAGAAGCAUAUGCCAAUUAUAGAGAUCUUGAUUUGGGAAAAAUAAGUAAAAAUGGCACAGCCACUUAUGCACAAGCUAAGGUUUGGGGCACCAAAUACUUCAAGGGUAACUUUGACCGAUUAGUACAUGUGAAGACCGAAGUCGAUCCAGACAACUUCUUCAGAACCGAGCAAAGUAUCCCAAGUAUUGCAUUUUAAUGAUUCAAUUUGUAAGAAGCUAUUUGGAUCACAUAAAUGUGUUUGUGUGUGCUAAUAAUAAUUAUCACAGUUAUCUUUGAGUCAUGAAUUAGACAAAUCUGAAAAUGCUUAAGAUUCAUUCCCUGGAGUUAAGAUUUUAGGUUGAAAUUUCUGUUUGGCUCAUUUAUGUUCUAUUUCAUCAUUACAUCAUUACACUGAGUUAGACUUGAAGCAGCUGCUUUACAUGUAGUUUUA